AUGGAAGCAGCGGCGAAGAAGGUCCAACUGCUGGCACAGCGCAUCCUGCCCGACCGACCGCAUCAUCUCUCCGUAUCCCCCGACCAGCGCUUUCGCGUCCCGCCCGAACAUAGCAAGCUCUUUGAGGAGUUCAAGCAUCCGCGCUUGCAGUACAUGACGCUGCUGUCCGACGCGGAUCGCGGUAUGCUACUCACUCGCCCAUACUAUGAUAUGCGCGAAGAACCUCCGAACCCCACCGCCCCCAAGGAAUCGAACGCGAAGAUGGAGAAGAAGGCCGUGACCAAGCUAUCACUGAGUGAUUAUAAGAACAAGCAGAAGAAAGUGUCGGAUUCCCCUCCCGACACUGGAACGACGCCGAGGCCCGACGCCUCGAGGAAGGAGAAGGAAGCGGCGGAUGGUCGGAUCGAUCGAGAACCCAAAAAGAUGGACGCAUACAGGAAUCGCGAAUCCGAGGCGUCAAAAGACGUCAAGGCGCACAAAACGCGCGAACUCGCCCACGAUGAAAGAACGAGCAGGCAAGAGAACAAGCCUAGGGCGGCUCAAGAAAGUAAUGAUACCCCAGAGAAGAGGAAGCGGGCUGCGGACGCCGACAAUGAGUUGCGACCUCAGAAGCGAGCGAGACCUGAAGCUAGCACCCCGCUAGAUGAACGAUCGCGAACACCCCGAGACGAUACCCCGAGGAGGAAAGAGAUGCAGUCAUCACAUGACAGGACACCGCAGAAAGAUGGCAAACUGGGUACAAGCUCAUCAUCAUUACCCAACGGACGAUCGGCUCUGAAAACAGCGCUUGGCUCGGGCUCAGGCGCCAACAAGUCGCCUGUAUCGCGAGCGCGAGGCGACUCCAUCAACGGCAACAGGCCUAGUCCUUCGGGCAGUAGAGCUAGGGCUGAAACUGCGUCGUCGAGGUCAGCAGUCCCGCCGUUGCUGUCUCCUCUACACCUACCGAACGAGUCCGAUUCUCGUCCUAAAGAUAAAAGGCGGGAUGAUGUCGGCGAGCACAACAGAUCCCAGAAGUCCCUGAAGUCGGAGCCGCCGCCGCCCAUCAAGAGACCGAAAUCCCCCCUCAAGCUUCCGGCGCUGCUCUCUCCGACAUUGCCCCCGAUAGUCGAGGAGGAACUGGCACGGUUGAAGAAGACGCCAACCAAAGGCUCAACUACGGGCCAAAGAACACAUCCUCCAGAUUCCCCGACGACUGGCAAGAGACCAAAUAUCGUAGUGAAGGAAGAGGAUGAAGAUCGAAAAGAACCAAAGGAAAAGGCCAAGGACAAGCCUCGCAGAUUCAUGGUCACGCUCAAGUACAGCAAGAAGUACACCAAGUCUGUCCAGAGACUGCUGGCACUGCAGCCCAGGAAAGAUGCGAUCAAGAAGGAGCGCUCAGUGAGCAUAGAGCCACCGGCGCCGCCUCAGGCGCGGAAACGACCCAUCAGCAGUACCGAGCAUGUUGGCGAUUCGAUUGCGGUGAAGCGACCCAGGACGUCGGACAUCACAGGCUCCAUAAAGCUGGUCACGCCUUCAACGCCUUCGAAGGCGGCCACGACGAUGUCAAGAGUGGCAUCGAGCAACUCGGUCAAUACCCCUGGAGACGGCAGCAGCCUCACCCCCGCUGCGCCACCUUCAUCAGACCGUGACCGGCCACAGACAAGAGACGACAGCAGAGAGGCCGCGAACCCGGCCAGGGUCCAAUCGCUGCGCGACCGUUGGAGCCGAUUCAGCAAACUCGGUACCAAGUUAAAGCAUGAGCGCGAUAUGCUAUUGGAGCGCAAGAACAGCGACCGCGGCGCACCUAUAUCCGACUCGGAUAGCAAGCUCAGCAUGAUAUUGGGGUUGGAAACCGCAUUGGCAUUCAUGGUUAGCUUCAGGGCGCUGUUCGAGUCGCGGCGAAUGGAGAACAAGGCGCAAGAUCCCAAGCAAUGGGGUAGCAUUCUGCCAUUACUUAACGUCAUGCGCCACGAUGUACGGAAGAGCAAGCCGCUGGAGGCACUGUUUUGGCAGUUGCAGGGCGUGAUCCACGAGGAGCUCAUCAAGUGCUACUGGUCGCUCGACCCCGCAUCCCACGCAGGGCAGAUUAUCGGUGCGGAACGGGGCCGGGCGAACGUGUGGAAAUCGGCCUUUGACGCCGCUGAGCGCGUGGAGGCUUCUGCGAUGCGCACCACCAUGGGCCCGUGGACGAGCGUGGAGGAUGCCGUGGCGUCGGCACUGAGAAUCAUGCGCCGGUGGACGCAAGAGGAAAACGUCUCGUGGCGCGCCGAGGUCACUGUAUCGGCGGCCAACGGAGCGUCGUCAUAG